AUGGCCCGACUAAACGAACCCCCCGUAUCUACAGAUAGCAUCGACACGCUACGUAGGAAGCUGUUGCGCCAAAACAGAGACCUUGCCAGAGCAAAUGCUGUUCACUUGAAUCGCAUCCACAACCUCGAAGCAGAUUAUUCUCGUUCCCUAUCAGAAAACCUCCAGUUGAAUGGUCGAAUUAUUGAGCUGGAGAAGGAGCUCGAGGACAGCAAUGCUCGGAGGAUAGCAGACCACGCCCUGGACAUCAGGUCCAGACUCGAAUCUCAGUUAAUGGACUGCAUGUCGCUUCUUUCCAAUCUCGGUCAAGAGCCUCCCACGAAAAGGCACGCGAGCCCCCGAGGCAGACGGAUUUCCAGAGCAAGUCUGCCGCGUGGCAGCCCUCCCCAGAGACGACCGCCACGUGAGCCAGUGAAGGACACAGAGGCUCGAGCGCUCCAGGAGGGCCGUCUACCACCUAUUACAGAGAACAAGUCCUAUCCGAGGGCAACGCUUGACCGUGAGCAGAUCCUAGCUCUGUGCUCAGAAGCCGCCGACACGACCGACACGACAGACAACGCCGAUACCGCCGACUCUCCCGAACUUGGUCCGCCACCAAUGUCCCGAUUCGUAGAUACAGACUCCGUUGAUAUCGGAUCCCCUCGUCAACCCCUGAGUGCCGCAGAACCGCAGGCAGCCACAAGUGGCUCGCCGGUGCAAUCGCCAUCACCAGCGCCAGUAGCUCCGGCACCCGUAUCCCGAACGGCACAGAAGCCCGAGAGAAAUGUCAUUGUGCGGCCCGAUCCUGCAACCAAGACAGAAGAACUCAGACCCGAUGCCAAGCGACCACCCAAGGAGACUCCCAUUUUGCCCCCCGUGCAUCCGAUCGUUGUCAAGGCUGGGUCGAAGAGAAAGCACAGCAUGGGAGAUGACCUAGCCAAGGUCACCAAACCACCCAUCGAACCCUCCAAGUCGAAGGAGCCCGAACAACGUCCGCUUGAGGCACGCGAGCAACCUAGCGGGCAGACUCUGAAAGAGCUCGCCAACAGACGCCGUGAAGCUAGAGAACGGAUGUCGGCACCAGUCAACUCGAGAAAGCCUUUGUCGGCCAAGAGCACGAAUGACGACAUGGCUUCUCCUGUGAAGAGCUCCAAGGACGCAGCAAAUGACUUGAAGGCCGCUCCUGAGAAGCCGAAGCCGCGCGCAGCAAGCCAGCGGGCCGCGCAGAAGAUUAGAGAGGCUGAGGCCGAAUCCAGAUCCGAGCCUGAGCCAGUCGAAGUGGUCAUUGCCACUGUGCCAUCGCCGGCACCCACUGUUGAUGUCCUGCCGAGCACAGAAGCCGUCCCUAUCGAAGCAGCUCUCCUUUCUCCAGCAUCCCCUGAGCCAGCGUCCAGAAUGAGCCUGCCGAGUGUUCGGGACACGCCCCCGCCAAACGACAUCUCUUCUCAAGGCGAAACUUCGCGGCCAAGCAGGCGGGCGCGAGCUUCGGUCAGCUAUGCAGAGCCGAAUCUGCGUGACAAGAUGCGACGCCCUACGAAGGAACUUUAUGACGCCGUUACCGGUCAGACAAGGUACCUUCAGCGUAGUGGCAGCGCCAGUUCAGACCCAUCUGCGACGGACGCGGCACCAAUAAUUAAACGCGAAUCUUGUGACGAUGCUACUUGGCAGCAGAUUGCGGCUGCUGCUUCACCGUCUGCAAUCAGUCGGCAAAGUCAAAAGAGCCCCCAUGAACCCAUCGACAAACCGACAUCGCCGGAACGGCUGCUCGCCGUCGCGAAACCAAUUCGUAAGAAACGGUCGUCUGCCAUGAUGUCGGGCUCGAUCAGCGAGAGCGAAGGACAGAGACCUUUUCAACAAAACCCUAACAGCUCUACUCCCCUAGAGAAGACGACCAGCCGUCAAUCGACGUUGUCGCCCGAAAGGGAAGCUGAUCCUUACGAGUUCCCCGCCUCAACUCCAGCCAGCGACACAUUCCGCGUCUCUGAGUCGAAGGACCUCGCUCUGCCACCGCGCCAGUCCAAGUCAUCAAGACGAGCGUUGUCUGCUACGAGGGAGGACUUCAGAGUUGAGGGGGCAGACGGGAGCCAACGGCCCAAGUCCAGCGGGCCCAGGAAGAGAGCGUCGAUGGUCUUGCCCAAAAGAAAUCGCGCAGAAGCAGAAAGUAUUGAGGAUAGCAGCUUCGAGAGUGUGGAGAGCAGCGACUUUCAGGAAACAAGUUCCAAAGUCUCGAUGCGGAGAAGGAGCAUGAUGUUGUAA